AUGCCUAGGCCGGCCAAUGCGGCAAUAACAGACGGAAACCUAGAGGAGUUCGCUACUGAAGGAGGGGAUCGCAAAGAUGUUUUCUUCUAUCAGAGCGACGACACUCGAUACAUCCCUCGCGCAAUCCUCCUCGACCUCGAGCCUAGGGUCCUCAAUUCCAUACAAACCGGUCCGUAUAGCAAUAUAUACAACCCGGAGAACUUUUUUGUUGGGAAGCAAGGUAUUGGAGCCGGGAACAACUGGGCAGCGGGGUACUCUACCGGAGAAACCGUGCAUGAGGAAGUUUUCGACAUGAUAGACAGGGAGGCAGACGGAAGUGAUUCCUUAGAAGUGCGUAUAAAACUCCCUGAAGUAAUUCCGAGCCUCUGCUUACAAGACGAACAGGGAUUUAUGCUCCUACACUCCAUCGCGGGGGGAACGGGUUCUGGUCUCGGGAGCUUUCUCCUUGAGCGAAUGAAUGACAGAUUUCCGAAGAAAUUGAUCCACACUUACUCCGUUUUCCCUGAUACCCAAGCCGCAGAUGUUGUUGUCAAUCCUUAUAAUAGUUUGCUAGCUAUGAGGAGAUUGACGCAGAAUGCGGACUCUGUGGUGGUACUUGAUAACGGCGCUCUGUCUAGGAUUGCAGCGGACAGACUCCAUGUUCAAGAACCCUCCUUCCAACAAACUAACCAAUUGGUCUCUACUGUAAUGUCGGCAUCUACGACUACCCUACGUUAUCCAGGUUAUAUGCACAAUGACCUUGGCAGCGUCGUCGCUUCUCUCAUUCCCAUCCCAAGGUCCCAUUUCCUUAUAACCUCUUAUACGCCAUUCACCGGGGAUAAUGUUGAACAAGCAAAGACGGUUCGCAAGACCACUGUUCUCGACGUUAUGCGUCGAUUGCUCCAACCUAAAAACCGCAUGGUUUCAAUAAACCCCAGCAAAUCAAGUUGCUACAUCAGCAUCCUCAACAUCAUCCAGGGUGAAGCAGACCAAACUGACGUGCACAAAUCUUUGCUCCGUAUUCGUGAACGGCGUCUUGCCUCCUUCAUUCCAUGGGGCCCUGCCAGUAUCCAGGUCGCGAUUCCGAAAAAGUCUCCAUACCUUCCCAACACCCAUCGUGUUAGCGGUUUGAUGCUUGCAAACCAUACUUCUGUUGCAACCUUGUUCAAGAGGAUCGUAAGUCAAUACGAUAGACUACGAAAGCGCAAUGCGUUCUUAGAGGCAUACAAAAAAGAAGCGCCAUUUGCGGAUGGAUUAGGCGAGUUCGACGAAGCCAGAGCUGUGGUUAUGGAUCUGGUAGGGGAGUACGAGGCUGCAGAAAAGGAAGAUUAUCUGGAUGGUGGAGGUGUAGGCGCGGAAGAGGGCUAGGUUUUACCCCAAUUGUUGUUUUCUAUCCUGCACUUCAUCUGUCUUUCCACCAUUUCGGCCUACGUACGAC